AUGAAUCCAAGAAGGCUGACGUCACUCUGGCUGUUGGCAGGAGUGUUGGUCGUCCUGGCAACGACUGUAUCGUGUGAAACGGAUAGCGAAACUGGAGGAUUUUUCGCUCACCUGUGGGAUUCCAUUUUUGGCCCGAAGCAAUCACCGACGAGCAAUUCCACCAGUGUGAAGAAUGAAACGGAUUCCGCAUUCUCCUACAACGUAACUACCACUUCUGCCGCAAGCUCUACCACACCAGUGUCCACGACGGUAUCUGUUGAAAGUGGCAAAAACCUGACCACAACAACUACGUCCUCUUCUACUGGGUCAUCAUCGUCGGAGGCAACUACUGAAGGUGCCUCGCUUAAGAAUAAAGAAGAAUCGAACGGAACCGUGUCUACCAGCACUGCUAAACUGCCAUCCUCUGAUACAACCACGGUCGGAAUAAGUGCAACAACAGCAACGGAGAGUAAUGGAGUUACUACGGCUGGAACGUCUACAGUGACGGCAGGAAGUAACGCAACGACAGAUGCGACUUUCGUGGGUGUGAUAUCGGAAGCGAUCAAACGAGUAAUUCGUGUGAAUGCUGAUGCAUCAUCAGUCGAUACGUACAUAAACCUCGAACCCACACAAACAAUAGCCGUUCUGUCGCAGCUGGCCGAAAGUUCUACCAUCGGGCUGCUUCAGUCCGUACCGGAUGAUGAUCCACCGCAGAUCAAGUUCCGUGCCCUGCAGUACGCAUUAUUCAGCUCCUGCUUCGUGGAGAUCUUUGGGGGCGUGUUCUUCCUGAUUACAGCGAUAUACAUCGAUCGGGAUAGGGCACGGGUAGAGGCUGUUGUACUAGAACUAACGCUACGAAUCGAAGACUGA